AUGGUUCAACAACAAACUCGCCAAUCACCCAUUGAUAUCACAGGCGAUUAUGCCGUACAUGAUCCUGACUUCUGUGCGAAGGACAAAAUCAACGUAACCUAUGUUCCUGGAGACUGCAUUGAAGUUGUUGCAACGGAAGGACGUGGAUUCACUGUCAAUGUGAAAGAUGGCUGCAAAACAACUCUUGCUGCUAACCACCUUCCUGGAAACUAUGAACUUGUCCAAUUCCAUGCUCACUGGGCUGAGUGCGGAGAACGUGGCUCCGAACAUUUGGUCAAAGGAAAAGCUUAUAGUGGAGAAGUUCAUUUCGUUUUCCGCAACACUAAAUAUCCAUCAUUCUGUGAAUCUCUUGAUAAGGAAGAUGGUUUAGCCGUCCUGGGUGUUUUCCUUCAGGAGGGAAAACAUAGCGAAAACUAUCAGCCAUUGAUGGAAGCUAUUAAGAAGUCAUCUGAAUCGAGUGAACCAACCAAACUUCCUGCUUCUCUUGACAUUCAGAAUCUUCUUCCCAAUUCAGAUGAUCGUGAAUUCAUCACUUACCCAGGCUCUCUAACUACUCCACCAUUCUCAGAAUGUGUCAUUUGGACGGUCCUUCUGCAGCCAGUUGAAGUUUCGAAGCAACAACUUGAUGUACUUCGUUCUAUCACCCCUGCCAAUCACCGAGGAUGUCAAUCCAUUUGUGACCGAAUAAUUCGUUGUUCAGUCAAUUUCUAA